AUGACGACAGACGAGGCAGCGGACAGCCAGCAGCAGAAGAAGAAGCGCGGCCAGCGGCCCGCCGAGGAGCCGGAGGAGGGCGGCCGGGACCACGGGCCCCCCGCCGAGCCCAGCCCCGCCCCCGCCGCGCCCGACCCCGAGGAGGAGGCGGAGCUCCGGCCCCGACCCCGCGGCCUCUCGCGCCUCUUCUCCUCCUUCCUGAAGCGCCGCUCGCAGCACGAGGAGGGGGGCCAGGCCGGGGGGCCGGGCGACAGCAGCGCCGGGGGCAAGGAGCCCAAGGCGCCCAUCGCCGACCCCGAGCCCGAGCUGAAGGCGGAGGGGGAGGGGGAGGGGGAGGGGGAGGUGGCGGCCGACCAGCGCUCCGUCAGCAGCACCGAGGCCCAGAAGCCUUUGAUAGAAGAGAAGGACAAGGCCUGA